UUUGGAGUCACAAGAGCCUAGGGUCCAGCCCCUUCCCCACCCUUUUGGACCAGUGUCUUGCUCUGUCUGAGUUGGCUCCUCCCUCCUCAUCUUUAAUGACGAUUCCUACCCCAUAGAUGGCAAGCAAAUGAGGCUGGGUUUAUAAAGUGGGAAAUCACAGUCAGUCGUGCAAUAAAUAUUCACCAGGCACCAGCUGUGUGCCAGGCACUGCGUGUGGUUGAGAGUAUAGCAGUGAAUAAAAUGGACAAAAGUCCCUGCCUUCAGAGAGCAUACAGUUCACAGGGGAGGCAGAAAGCAAGCAGCACAAAUUGUCAGUUAUAGAAUAUGUUAGACAGGGACCAGUGCCUCCAAAAAAAGUAACCCUCCACAUCUUGAAGAGGCCGAAUGUGCUCCAUGAAACCACCCUGGGCAGCAAAUACUGCCCACGGUGUGCCACUCACAAAGCACACCCUGCCCUAAGCCAGGCACGAUGGCCAGUUACAGUUUCCAGAUGAGUAAACCAGACCCUGCCCCAGGAUUUCCCGGCAAGUGGCUCGGACCAGGUGACCAAUUGUCACAGCCGCCAAGCUUUGAGCUGCCUCCCAAGCCUCUGUCCGUCCAUCUGUGCAUCUGUUGUGUUGGUCUUCCUUGGGGUGGGGGUGGGGAAGUAAGUCCUCUCCCAGGCUCCCCAUCCACCCCACCUGCCCCUACUUUGACUCUCCAUGCCUCCAUUCCUUCAUCAAUUCUUUGCCAAACACCUACUACAUGCUAGGCCCAUGAUGCGCCCUAGGCCACCCCCUGCCCUUGUGGGAUGAUGUUCGCAGGGGAGACGGAGGAGGAUCCCCCUACAGCCAAGCAAGUAGGCUGAGGCUUCAGGGCCUCUUGUUGGCACAGGUCCCUUCUGGGCCCUGAACCUGAUUUCAUAUUUGUCACUUUAUAUUUCUUUUUCUUAAUGAGCCUCACCCCCAUACUACAUAAGCAUCAGGGCUCCAUACAACCUAAGGGGAGGCAAACAACAAACACAUAAAACAAUAAUGGCAAAAUGCUAGGAAGGAGAAAAACUAAAUAUUAUGGCAGAAAAUGGUAUUGGGGUGGGGGUGAGUCUUAGGUGGGAAGGAGCAGUUAGGGUAUGCCUCUGAGGAGGUGCCAACAAGCUGAGGCCUAAAGGUUAAGAAAGAGCCAGCCAGGCAAGGAGCAUGCAGAAUAACCAAGGUGAAGUGUCACAGUGAGCCUCGGUUUCCCCAUAUGUGAGGUGGGGGUGACAGUCACAGCAGAAUGGGCUAUCAAGAGGAAGUGGCAGGGCCAGGGUACCUGGUAUGAGCUUGGCACUGCCCUUAAUUGGCUUUUGUUCUCCUGGGAGGGACAAGCAGGGCUGGCUACCCCCUCACUCCCCCAACAGCUGGGGCUGGCUGUGCCAGGGCCAGCCUGGGGAGUGGCGGGGACUGAGAUCACUGGGCCUUUGGCUCCCUGAAUCCACUCAGGGAAGAGGGAGUGCAGCCUGGCUAGCCUCGCAGUUCAUACAGGGCAUGGACCUGCACACAAUAACCCAGUCACUGGUGACUCUGGCAGAGGACAACGUGGCCUUCUUCUCAAGCCAGGGCCCCGGGGAGACGGCACGGCGGCUGUCGAGAGUCUUUGCGGGUGUGCAGGAGCAGGCGCUGGGGCUGGAGCCGGCCCUGGUCCGCCUGCUGAGCGUGGCGCACCUCUUUGACCUGGACGUGGAGACGCCAGCCAAUGGGUACCGGAGCCUCGUGCACACGGCCCGCUGCUGCCUGGCACACUUACUGCACAAAUCCCGCUAUGUGGCUGCCAACCGCCGCAGCAUCUUCUUCCGUGCCGGCCACAACCUGGCCGAACUCGAGGCCUACCUGGCCGCCCUCACCCAGCUCCGGGCUCUGGCCUACUACGCCCAGCGCCUGCUGGCCACCAACCAGCCCGGGGGACUGUUCUACGAGGGGGAUGAGAGGCUCAUAGCCGACUUCCUGCACGAGUAUGUCAUGCUGCACAAGGGCUGCUUCUAUGGCCGCUGCCUGGGCUUCCAGUUCACUCCCGCCAUCCGGCCGUUCCUGCAGACCAUCUCCAUCGGGCUGGUGUCCUUUGGGGAGCACUACAAACGCAAUGAGACAGGCCUGGGUGUGACUGCCAGCUCCCUCUUCACCAGCGGCCGCUUCGCCAUUGACCCAGAGCUGCGUGGGGCCGAGUUUGAGCGAAUCAUACAGAACCUGGAUGUGCACUUCUGGAAAGCCUUCUGGAAUAUCACUGAGAUUGAGGUGCUAUCGUCCCUGGCCAACAUGGCCUCGGCCACUGUGAGGGUAAGCCGCCUGCUCAGCCUGCCUCCCGAGACCCUGGAGAUGCCGCUGACUGCUGACCCCAAGCUCACAGUCACUGUCUCACCCCCGGUGGCGCACACGGGCCCUGGGCCUGUCCUCAUAAGGCUUAUCUCCUGCGAGCUACGCGAAGGACAGGACAGUGAGGUGCUCACCAAGCUGGUGAAGUCCGAGGGUCCGCGGAGCCUGGAGCUGCGCCCACGCCCCCCGCAGGCGCCCCGCUCACGGUACUUGGUCGUGCACAUCCACGGCGGUGGCUUUGUGGCCCAGACCUCCAAGUCCCACGAGCCCUACCUCAAGAGUUGGGCCCAAGAGCUGGGUGCGCCCAUCAUCUCCAUCGACUACUCCCUGGCCCCCGAGGCCCCCUUCCCCCGCGCGCUGGAAGAGUGCUUCUACGCCUACUGCUGGGCCGUCAAGAACUGCACCCUCCUCGCCCCUGCCCUCCUGCACUGCCAACCUCCUGGCCUGUGCUCCAGCCACUCUUCCAGCUCCUCUGACCUCACACUUCACAUACAAGGUCCUGGGAAGAAACUGAGGUGGAGCAGGGUGGGCAGUUGCCCCAGGACACAGGGUUCAACAGGGGAGCGGAUAUGCCUUGCAGGAGACAGUGCAGGCGGGAACCUCUGCUUUACUGUGUCCUUCCGGGCAGCGGCCUACGGUGUGCGGGUGCCAGAUGGCAUCAUGGCAGCCUACCCGGCCACCAUGCUGCAGUCCACUGCCUCGCCCUCCCGCCUCCUGAGCCUCAUAGACCCCUUGCUGCCCCUCAGUGUGCUCUCCAAGUGUGUCAGCGCCUACGCUGGUGGAGAGACGGAGGACCUCUCGGACCCGGACCAGAAGGCACUGGGCAUGAUGGGGCUGGUGCAGCGGGACACAGCCCUGCUCUUCCGAGACCUCCGCCUGGGCGCCUCCUCGUGGCUCAACUCCUUUCUGGAGCUGAGUGGGCACAAGUCCCGCAAGACCUCGGUACCUGUGGCAGAGCCAAUGCGGCGCAGUGUGUCGGAGGCAGCACUGGCCCAGCCCGAGGACCUGGUGGGCACAGACUCGGUCAAGAGCCUGACGCUGCAGGACCUGAGCCUGAGGGGCAGCUCCGAGGCAUCAGAAGCCCCCGAGCUGUCCCUGUCUGCUGAGACACUUGGCCCCUCCAAGCCCUCAGACGUCAACUUCCUCUUGCGGUCCGAGGAUGCCCUGGAAGAUGAGGCUAGGGAUGAGCUGUCCCCCUCCAUGGACCUCAGCCACGGCACCGCCUUCCCCGAGGGCUUCCACCCGCGGCGCUCAAGCCAGGGCCCGACGCGGAUGCCCCUCUACUUGUCACCCAUCGUCAAGAACCCCUUCAUGUCACCACUGCUGGCACCCGAAAGCAUGCUGCAGAGCCUGCCACCCGUGCACAUUGUGGCCUGCGCGCUGGACCCCAUGCUCGACGACUCGGUCAUGUUCGCGCGGCGGCUGCGCGCGCUGGACCAGCCGGUGACGCUGCGCGUGGUGGAGGACCUGCCGCACGGCUUCCUGAGCCUGGCGCCGCUGUGCCGCGAGACGCGACAGGCGGCGGCGCUGUGCGUGGAGCGCAUCCGCCUGGUGCUCACCGUGCCCAGCGCCGCCAAGUCCGCGCACCGCCGCAGCCUGGAACGCCGCCCCGUGCCCGCCGCGCCGCCCACCUGAGCCCUGCGCGCGGCGCCGGAGCUGGGGCCCGGGAGGGGAGCUACUAAAGGCCUCUUUUUCCCAUACGCGCCGGCCUCCGUGGUGAAUGCGCUCCGGGACGGGUUGCAGGCACCCCCUCGAGGGGUUCCCCGCCCAUCCGGCCCCUCCCUUGGGCCACGGGGCAGGGGGCGGGCUGUGCUUUAAGUCGGGGCACAGGAACGGGGGUGGGGGUGCGGGGGCCUGAAGGCUGGGACCCGAACCGAGGGGAGGGGGUGCACACACACCUGUCACCGAAAUACUGGACCUGCACUCCUGCCACUGUCUUCUGCUGCUGUUGCCAUCGCCGCCAGGGCGGUCCGGACCCCCUGGCAGAUGUUUGGUCUCUUUGUUGAAAAAUAAAAAAUAUUUAACUA